AUGCACAUACCAAUCACCGGUGCCACGCCUGACGCCUAUCCAACACCGCUACUAGACUUGUUCCUGGAAAAAGGUGGACCACACCCUGGCGAAGGCUCACAAUUGCAACAGUGGUCCUCAUUCAUUGGCAUUGUUACGGCUAUUGUUGGAAAUAUCCUUAUUUCUUUUGCCCUCAAUACCCAGAGAUAUGCGCACAUCCUCAUCGGCCGCGAAUACGAACAGGCCAGAAAAUCAUACGCCAAUGGCGGGGUACGUGAGCAUCCCGGCGGGUAUGGUUCCGAUCAACAAGACAUAGUGGGAGAGGAGAGAAGAACCAACCUUGGAAUCUCUGAUCGCAGUGGAAGUGCUGAUGACGUUGCGGCGAUUUCGGCCGACGAGACGGCGCAAACGACUUUGCAACCCGACUUCGGUCCGUGGACGCCGAGGACCGGUCGAGUGAAAGACUUGAGCGAUGAUCUGAGCAGGCGAUCGUAUCUCAAAUCGCCCUACUGGUGGUUCGGUCUUGUGCUCAUGAUCCUCGGAGAGGCUGGCAACUUUCUUGCUUAUGGAUUUGCACCCGCAUCAAUUGUGAGUCCACUGGGCGUCGUCGCUUUGAUUUCGAAUUGCCUGAUCGCUCCUCUCAUGCUCAAGGAGCGUUUCCGAAAGCGAGAUCUUUGGGGAGUCUUGACGGCAAUUGCAGGCGCGGUCACCGUCGUCCUUUCGGCGAGAACUAGCGAGGAAAAGUUUGGUCCGGGCGAAAUAUGGCAAACCAUCAAGAGGUGGGAGUUCUUGGUAUAUUUCAUCAUCACCUUGUUGCUCAUCGUGGGCCUUAUGUACGCGGAACCCCGGCACGGUCGAAAAACGAUCCUUAUUGACCUUGGUUUGGUGGGUUUAUUUGGAGGAUACACGGUACUUUCUACCAAGGGCGUGGCGUCCCUUUUGUCAGCAUCUCUCUGGAAGGCGUUCGGACAUGCCAUUUUUUACUUCCUCGCCGCCGUUCUCGUUGGGUCGGCGCUCAUGCAGAUACGCUACUUGAAUCGGGCUUUGCAAAACUAUGAUUCAACCCAGGUAAUUCCCAUACAAUUUGUACUGUUCACCCUGUCGGUCAUCAUCGGAUCGGCGGUCUUAUAUCGAGAUUUUGAACACACCACGGCAGAGCAAGCAGUCAAGUUUAUCAUUGGGUGUCUUUUGACAUUUUGGGGAGUGUAUUUGAUCACCAGCGCACGAGACGAAGAGACAGCAGAAGAUGGGCAGCACAAUGCUGAUGAGACGAUUCAACUUCUCGACGAGGAUACAGGGAACAUUGACGAGCGGACGCCCUUGAACAGAGACACUGACCUCUCUGCAGCUCACACGAGGGAAGAACAUCCCGUGAUCUUGGGUCAAGACGAGGUGCGAAAUGGGGUUCUCACCCCCCGACGCCUUUCGAAAGCAUCAUCUUCUGCCCCUUCCAUCGCCGCCACGCCACUCGACUCAUCUGAAAUCCUCGGCUCAAACCCCUGGCUGUCUUCUGUCGAGCAAAUCGACGCUCCUCUUCCCCCACGCACUCCUCGAACGAGCAGAAUCCAGACCGACUCUGGUUUCACGCCAUUUUUCACCCCGGCUACAUCCAAGUCCGAUCUUGAAACACCCAGCAAACAAGGCACGCCCCGUCCACCCAGUCCCAUUCGUCCUACCGUCCCGGGAACUGAUGAUGCAUCCCCAUCACCGAGUUACCUCAACCGCUCCGCACGCGGCAGCAUCUCACGCCUCCUCCCCGUCCCCGGCCCGCUAUUACCACCUCUCUCAUCCUCCCUCAGCGCAGUGGUUGCCGAGUCGCUCCUCAAGGGCGAGGGAACACCUCGUUCCGUCCGUACCGCUAUGCGGCGGUCGCGAUCCGCCAGACACUCGCACGAUGAACACCGACGGGCCAUUCCCGUCUCAGACGAAGAGAAUCCAGCGAGUCUGAACUUUCAGAGUGGUGGUUCUGAUCAAGACCUAAGCAGCGCACAGACGCAAGAGACAAUGACAGUACCCGUGGUGAGCGAUUAUAUCGACGGAUCGUCCGAGCGCGAGCAUGGCCUCGGGAAGAGAAAGACCAGGCUCAGGGCUCUAAGUGAGACUCUAGCCGGGAUGAUGGGCAAGGGAAAAGGGAAAGGUACAGGAAAGAAGAGAGAUGACGUUGAAGAUUACCCCUCUGCUACUAAUGGUGGACGGAGAUAUGGGAUGAGUUGA